AUUAAAAGCGGGCUGAAAACAAAAACAAAUACACAUUUCGUUGCGUAAAUUAAUGGAACAAAAUUGCUGAUUUUAGCACAAAAAUAAAGUCUUCAACGUGUCAAGACUAUUCAAAGCAUUCGACAUGAGUUCGAGUCAAGAUUUGCUCUCGGAAGCUGCUGCUACUGCCUUACCUUCUUCCGGUUCGUCAUCCACAGAGCUUUCCAUCGGAGCAUCUCUCAUGCGAAUCGACAGUUCAGAGCCAAAUACCUCGAAAAAUGUCGAAAUCAUUGAAUUAGAUGCGGAUUUGGAGUUCGCCAAAGAGCUAGAUCGAACAUUAAAUGGCACAAAAGUCCCCGAGGAAUGCAAUUCUGACUUGGAAUUCGCUCGAAAAUUGCACGAAGAGCUCAAUAAAGAAGAAAUUCCGGAAUCUUCGAAGAGACCUCAGAGCUUUGACGAUGACGUUGUCGUCGUUCCGCAUCAAAUUGAGACAAUUGAAGUUCGUAGCGACGAUGAAGACGAAGAUUUGGUCGUUAUUGAGAGUUCUUAUGAUAAUCCCGUUGACGAAGUAAUUUUCGCGGGAACCUCAAUGGGAUCGAUUAACUUUGUGAUUCAAGAACUCGGGAUAAAAUACAACCCAGCAACGUCUUUCGACUGGAAACAACAUUCGAUGAAACUGAAUUUGAAAGGAAUUUUCGGUCGUUUUAGCAAAUUGUACUUUAACGAGCCCGAAUGCUUCAAACACAUCGAACUUGGAUGGACAACAGAUUUAGGAAAUAAACCCGCAAGACUCCGUUUGCUCACAGAUAAGACCCAAAUUUCGCUGAAUCAUAAUUUAAAGCUCGUGCCGCGAAUUGAAUUCUUGUCGCAACUCCUGCGAGUCAUGCUGAUUUUGUUUAUUCGCGAAAAAUACGGACUUGGCAACAACAUUGUCGCGUUCAAAAAGAACUUUUUAAAGUCCUUGCAGCACAUUAACAAGGUUUGGAUGACGAAUGUUCGCGAAAGUGGCGAUUUGACGUUUAAUCAUGAGGUUGACAAGCGUUGUUGGUAUCGUUGCACGGGCAUGUGUCAGGAUCACGCGCCAUUUUACGGGACUUUUCGUUCUGCCACAGAGCCCGGAGGACAUUGUUCAUGGUGGUUGACGCAUCGAACGAAUUGCAGUGCGACACUUUUUCGUCUUUACGAAGUCACAAAGUUCAUUGGAAACACGCCGAGCAACGAAGAAAGAUUUUUCGUGACAAAUGUUAAACAUCGCAGUCUCAAAGUCGACUUGAAAAAGGCAAAUAAGGAUUUUUUGAAGCCUGAGGCGACAAUUGAUCUCGAUAUGGAGCGACAAGGGAGUGAAAUUCCUUCAGAAGCAACAAGUUAUAUUGAUAUCAUUGACAAUCAGCGCGAUGAGGAUUUGUUGUACGGGCAUCGAUUGUCAGAUCCGGUUGAUCGUUUGGGUUUGAAACCAGCCGAGGAGUUUAUGAAGUAUUUUGAUCGAAGUUUGGGAGUCGAUUAUAAUGGAUAUUUGAUUCCGUGUCCGAUUUGCGGGGAAAAAGUUAAUAGGCGAUUGUUUGGGGAGCAUUUUGAUGGAUGCAUGGGUUUCUCGCAAAAGGUCGAGUACAAACCUGUACGUGUUAAUUGGGAGGAAUGGCCAAAUGCGAAACGUGUUAAAUAUUAAAUAUGAAGAAAUUUGUAAAUUUUUUUGGAUGGAGAUACUAAGCCAGAGAAAAUGUUACCAAACCAAAAAAUGUGAUGAAAAAACCUCAUAAAUGAAAUUUUGUACUAUGAAGUAAAAUUUAAUUAAUUAUUAA